CUCGCGCAGCCUCGCAACAUCCGGGGAUCUCCUGCCGCACGUGACAGAAUUCAUUGCGGCAAAGGUUCGGUUAUCUGCGCCGAGACUGGACGUUGUAGUACACAACAUCCGAGUCUGGGAUAUCGCUGUGGUAUCGCACAGUCUAGACAAAGGACAUUCAAUAUUGCAGUGAGGGGGGGGGGGGGCCCCAACCAGCGUAGCGACCAGAAACCUCCUCGGUUAGGGGAGCCCCGUAUUAUAUUCGAGGUGGCGAGACCAAGCACAAUUCAUCAAAGUAUAUCCACAGACCUGAAUAUGCGGGUGCCAGUUUUUAAUUUGGGUUGUCAUCAGUGUUGUCUUUACAGGGUAAACGAAGGUUGCAGAGAAAAUCCCUCCUAACCCGGACGUGCUCGCCACUGCAUCCUUUGGUUCUAAACCACAUACAAGCACAGUGUUAUCCGAAGUACUGUUUUCUUUUCAGCGACUGUUCCUUCGAUAUUUGAUCCCAAUGCCUCAAGAAUCCUAUUUAGCUCGUCUCCUCCGAGUCUGGGCCAAUAGCAGUCAUGGUCUCGGGAAAGUUUGGAAUCGGCUGGUUGUGCCGAUUAUGAAGGGCAACAAGUUGAGCGCUGAGGGAGGUCUCUGUAGCAUUUUGAAGGCGUGCAAUAUUGUUAUGAUCCCUAAUACUGGUUAGCGAGAAAGAAGACUGGUAGAUGGGACAUCAUACUGCGAAUCUAGACGUCCAUCGAUUCCAUCAACAUGUUGAGUAAGACCAUCCACACGUUGAGUGAGAGCUAAAGAACUUCUCUCACCAUCUGACACCAACGAAAUGGCCCAUACAACCUUGUGGACCGAACUCGAAUACUAGUGUUGAUUUCGUUGAGAGCGUCGAGACUGGCAGCGCUUUGUGUAAACGCUGGAAGUUGUUUACAUUUCUGCUCUUCUUUGUGCAACGAGGUUGAAAUCUGGAAGGGGAUGCUGGUGACUUUGGUCCAUACUUGACUAUGAUAGUAAAGAGUUGUGGCUGAAAGACUAUCGAAGACGGAUGUCAAGCAUGGCCAGACUCAGAUGUAUUGCAGGAAAAGUUAUCGACGUUUUUGGCACCUGCCGCCUACACGCCCGGGGACCUAUAUCUUCCUGCGACAUUACAUCCUCUUUACAACUUUGACUCUUACACACCGUCCCAGUACCCAUACAGCCGGCUUGCAUUCCCGGCAACGACUUUACAGUGGUAGUAGAAAGGUUCAGGUUGAUAAAGAACCCUUACGCACGAAGUCAAGCUGCCGAACCCGCGAAGGGCUCCUCUACUCCGCAACAGGAAUAGUCGCACUCCAGGUACCGAGGCAUUUCUAACCUUCAAGGCGUCAUGUCAUCAACGUUCAAUCACACUCGCUCGGCCUGCGACACCGGACUCGACUGGCACUGGGAUGUAUUAAAGGUUCUAUGCCUCCGUUCUCCGUCUUCUGACGGUGCUUGUAAUUCUCCAGAGGCAUUCAUCCGACCUGAAGUCACCCUUGACCCUUCCUCGUUCGUCUAAUUCAAAGCCUCUAGCCAUGCCUUCCAAUCCGGACUGGGUCAAGGCCCUGAAGCCUUCGGGGCCGCAGGGCUCAGAGCUGCUCGCACAAGAGAGAGCAAAGUCGACCCUCAAUGUCGAUCAGCUGGCCAACUUCAUGUUCACACGGGAGAACCUUGAGAGAAACGAACGGAUUUUGAAGAUCUUGUUGGCAGAUCCAGUCUUCGACAAGUCCCAGAACUACUUCCGCGGUCGAACUGAGAGGAUAGAGGCGGCAUUGGCCAGAGGAAAAAGAUUACAGCAGCUGUCUGUUCAGCACAAAUGGACCAAAGAGGAGUUUCAAGUGGCCAACGACCUCAUUAGCGAGCCUACCCCUUAUGGUCUGCACGCAAGCAUGUUCCUCGUCACUCUGAAGGAACAGGGUACUCCAGAACAGCAUAAACUCUUUCUGGAAAGGGCAGAGGCCUACAAGAUCAUCGGGUGUUAUGCCCAAACCGAGCUUGGACAUGGUUCCAACGUUCGGGGGCUGGAGACUACUGCCACCUGGAACCCCGAAGACAAGACAUUUACCCUCAACUCGCCACAUCUGACCGCGUCGAAGUGGUGGAUCGGCUCUCUCGGAAAGGCUGCCAACCAUGCGGUCGUCAUGGCUCAGCUCUACAUCGACGGAAAGAACUAUGGCCCGCAUCCAUUUGUUGUUCAGAUCCGAGACCUGAAGACCCACGAACCUCUGCCCAACAUCCAUGUUGGGGACAUCGGUCCGAAAUUCGGAUAUAACACCAUGGACAACGGGUUUCUCCUGCUCAAGAGCGUUAAGAUCCCUCAUGUGAACAUGCUUGCGCGAUUCUCGCGGGUGGACCCCAAUACCAACAAAUACGUCCGGCCGUCGAACCCAUCACUCGUCUACGGCACGCUGACCUACAUUCGAAGCAACAUCGUCCUGCAAGCAGGCUCGGUCCUCGCUCGUGGUGUUACCAUUGCCACUCGGUACUGUGCCGUCCGGCGGCAGUUUCAGGAUCGAGACGCUCCGGAGACUGAAGUCGGAGAAAACCAAGUCCUCAACUACACCAUGGUGCAGAUUCGCCUGCUGCCUCUUCUGGCAGCUACGUUUGCACUGCACUUCACUGGUAAAGGAAUGAUCAGCCUAUACCAAGAAAACCAGAAACGCAUGAACGGCGACGCCGGCAAGCUGGCCGAUUCCACCGGCAAGCGCGCCCCAGGACCCGAAGAACUCAACCCCGGAACCGACCUGCUUGCCGACCUCCACGCUACCAGUUGUGCGCUGAAGGCCUUGAGCUCCACCACCGCAGCUGAAGGCUUGGAAGUGUGCCGUCGCGCCUGUGGAGGGCACGGGUACAGUUCCUUCUCCGGCAUCGGCAGCUGGUAUGCCGACUACCUCCCCACUGUCACCUGGGAAGGAGACAACUACAUGUUGACGCAACAAGUGAGCCGGUACCUUUUGAAGUCGGCUCGUGCCGUCCUCAAAGGCAACGCGGCCGACAACGACACGACACGGAUCCUCAAAGAAUUCCGACGCCGCCAGGACAUCGGUGCGGCCUUUGACGUGAUCGGCAGCGACAGCGACCUCGUGGCGGCGUUUGCAUGGCGAGUAUCGUUCCUUACCUUUGAGGCUCUCCGCCACCGCGACGAAGACAAGCAAUCGUGGAACUCGUUGCUUGUGGACUUCUGGCGUCUGUCGACCGCCCACGCGCAGUACAUGGUGGUCAAGAACUUCCACGACGCCCUCAACGACUCCAACACCACCAACCAACUGGACCCGGAGACAGUCGGCGUGCUACACAAGCUGUUCCGCCUGUACGCCCUGCACACGCUGGAGCGAGAGGCAUCCGAGUUCUACUCGAGCGCCGCCGUCACCGUGCGCCAAAUCACCCUCGCCCGGACGAAGACGGUUAUGAAACUUCUCGAGGAGAUCCGGCCCCAUGCCUUGCGUCUGGUCGACGCCUGGAAGUUCCCGGAUUGGCAGCUCGACAGCUCCCUGGGUCGCUACGACGGCAAGGUCUAUGAGGACAUGUUCUACCGUGCUAGCGAGUUGAAUCCUCUCAACAGCAUCGUCUUCGAUCCUUAUCCGGAUUCAAAGGUUCUGUUUAAGAAGGACGAGCGUGCCAAUCUGAGAAGCAAGCUGUAAGCUGUAAGUGUGCAGUGUGUUGAAGCUAGCUGUUUGACCGAACCUUUUUUUGGGAUUCCUGGCAAUUGAUGGGUGCUUUGCUUUCGAUAUCGUGGCAAGCAUUGAAUGCUUCAUUUUGAGAGGUGGUCUGUUCUUCGACAUGGUCUUGUUAGCUACUAUACCAGGUAGUUGAUCUGUUCAGGCUUCUGGACCAAAAAAGCAUGUUCCGCAGUGGAUUGGAAUGUCUUGACCUGCAUUUUGUACCUAGCUUUGUAUUUAGGACCCUACCCAUGCUCUAUGUACCAGUCAUAUCAGUACCCGUCUACUAGUACCUAUAACGUAGAAUUUUUCCCCAUGGACUACUUGAUCCUG